CACAGCAAACAGAACCCUUAUUUUAUGAAAAUAACUCAGUUGAACAAUAUCAACGCUACAAUGAUGCUGAAAAAAUUCAUUAUUAUAAUUUUACUGGCAGUUCUUCUGGACAAAUCUGCUGCAAAACGAUUCGAAGGAUACAAAUGGUGCACAGUGGCCAGAGACGGAGCUUGUGUGAAUUAAACACUACAUAAAUAUUAAAUAAAAUAUGUCCCUGUUUUAAGCACCUCAUAACUAAUUGAAUCCGUCUUCUAGUUUUAUGUACUGUACAAUGCAGGGGAAGAAUUCUGCGAAGUGGCAGUUACAAGGUUGUAAAAACACAUUUACAUUUCAGGGACUCACAACUGUUUCCUAAUCUAUUGCGAACAGAACAAUCCCAUGCUUUGAAUUGGGAACUAGCUUGUAGCCAUAGACAGUCGUUUAACUAAAAAGGUUUGAGGAGCAUCGAAAAAACUGGUCCAACCAGGUUUACCUUUGGCUAUAGUAGAAAUUCCCUUUCUUUGAGGAAUGGCAGAAGCGAAAACUUUUAUUCAAAACGUUCUGGGCAUUGAUGGCCGAAAUGCUAGCACAAGCAGGGGCGAACUACCCAUGGCUAGCAGUUUUUUCUGUCCGCUUCUGCUGUUUUUUCUUUGGAUAGUUUCCUUAAUCAUUUUGGGUUGCAUAUGCGUGUGCUGCAAGUUUGUGAAAUCGGAAUCUUUUACCAGCUACGACUCCGACAGCUUUGAGCUGCAGCAGGUUCAUAUCCUGGAGCCGACACUUGGGCAUGUCAAAGGAUGUGCGUGCCUGGAGUGUCUGCAUCGCCAGUUAUCCACGGAGUUCGAGCAAAUAAAUGGAAAGUAAAUAAAAUAU